AUGAAUUCUUUAGUAUUAUCUCAACGUAAUUUUUUAGAAAUGAAUAAAGAACAAGCAUAUGAGUUUCUUGAUCAAUGGUAUGAUGAAAGAAUAAGAAAGGAAGAAAAUAGUGAAUUAUUUUCGUAUAAUAAUUAUAAAAAAGAAAUUGGUAAAAUCCAUACUCGUUACAAUAAACAAAUUGAAAAAAAUGAACAACAACUUAAAAAUAAGGAUAAAAUCAUUUUUAAACUAAUUGAAGAACAAAAAGAAGAAAGAGGAGUAGAAAGAAAAGCAGAAAGAGAAGAAAGACAAAAAGAAAGAGAAAAUCAAGAGAGAGAAC